AUGGCAGCAGCAGCGGCAGCAAUGGCAGCAGCAGCAGCAGCAGCGGCGGCGGCGGCAGUAACAGCAGCAGCGGCAGCAGCAGCAGCCGCGGCAGCAGCAGAAAGAGCAACAACAAUCGUGAAUGCAGCAAUGACAAGUACAGCAGCAGCAGCAGUUGGUGCAGCAGCUACAGCGGCCGGGCGAGCAACUGCAGCAGCAGCCCCCGCAGCUGAUGCAGCAACAGCAACUGUGGUGCUGCGGCUACUGCAGCUGCAGCAGCUGCAGCUGCUGCUGCAGCAGCUGCAGCAGCUGCUGCAGCAGCUGCAGCAGCUGCUGCUGCUGCCCCUAUACAGAAAUGCCAAUUAG